AUGAUAGGUACCCCAUUUGAGAUUAAGAACGAUGAGAUUCAUAAUAAGAGAGUGUCCAAGAAGGAUAGAGGCCAGAAUGAUGAAUACGCACUGAAUGAGAAGGGACAGAGAAGGUUCCAUGGCGCCUUUACGGGGGGAUUCCAUGCAGGUUAUAAUAAUACCGUAGGCAGCGAGGCUGGCUUUAAGCCAGCACAGUUUGAUCGGAAUAAGAAGUAUACAGUGUUUGAUAUUAUGGAUGAGGAGGAUCUUGGAGAUCAUAUCCAAGGCCAAACUAUUCAGACUAAAGAAGGAUUUGAUACCUUAGGAGAUGGAAUCAAGAGCGAGCUUAAAAAUCAACUUGCCCAUGGAGCCCUAGCCUCUAUGAUUCCUGAUGAACUUAUUGUCGCUCCAAAAUCAUCCAUUGGAUAUAAACUUCUGAAGAAAUUAGGCUGGAAUGAGAGAAGCAAGAAGAAUAAACACUUCACUAUGGAAGAUGAAGAAAGUGAUGACUCUGUUGAUUUUGAUAAAAUGGGACUUGAAGUCUCUGAUUUCAUUAAUGCUGAUGCUAUUAACAAUAAAUCUGGAGUUGGAGUAUCCUCUCUUGCUGAGAAGAAAGGGAACAAAAAGAUCAGAGAAAAGCUUAAGGAGAAGACAAAGCAUGAAACUAAAAUCAUAAAGAAAGAUUAUGAUAAUUAUUACAAAGGAUCUCUUAAAUUCAAGACCGAAAAAUAUGGGCUUGGAUACAUCCCUACUUCACAGGAUUACAUCAGAGAGAAGAAUAGGCAGAUCAAUGAAUUCGGAGAAGAGACUGACAAGUCAAUAGUUGAGGGAAAAGAUAAUAGAAUUGAUAUGGGCAAGCUCGACUUUGACGGUCUGGUCUAUCACAAUGAAGACAAAGCAGAAAUGGAAAUUAUGGAUGAAAUCGGACAUGAUGUUCAAGAUAAAAUCAAAGAUAAGCAAAUGCAAAACUUGUUCAAAUCCCGAGAAGAGAAAAAUGACUUUUACUCACACGGGUUUUUGCAAACUGAGAAAAUUGAGGAAAGUAAGAUUCUCGUUCCAAAGGAUUAUGAUCCUCAAUGGAGAAGAAACCAAAAUAUGGCAAAUCCUUAUGCAGGAAAACAUUCUUUCUCUUCAAGGGGAAGAAAAUUAGAUGCUAAUAAAAGAGCGGAGCUUCUUGGGGAAGGUCCUGCUGUGCCUACAAAUAAAGAUGUACCAACUUAUGAUCCAAAUCCCUCAAAUCUUGAUUCUAAAUUUAGCAGUAGUGGGAUGGAUCUUCUUCCAGAACACAUGAUGAAGAAGGAGGACAAUCUCAAGGGGACCAAACACCUCUUGGUGGAUAUUCCAUUCAAAGAUGAUAAAAACAAGGUGCAAAGAUUUAAAAACUAUGUUGAGGAGAUAGAAAACCAGAUGGUGAUCUUUGACUCUAGCAGCAACAUGAUGACAGGUUCCCAACUACGAAAAGAGAAAGAAGAGUUUGCUAGCCUCUACCAAUUAGAACUUGGCCUUCGUAAAGAGAAAGAGUCUAGCGGAAAAUAUGCUUCAGGAGUUGUCUCAAAAGAAAUCGAGAAAGAGAAGAAAGCUAGAACGGUUACCACUGACUGGCAGCCCUGCGCUAUAUUGUGUAAGCGGUUUGGGCUUAUGGAUCCCUUCCAAAAUAAGAAAGACCUCGUUGGAGACUUCAAUAAAGUUCCUGAAAGAAAUUCAUCAAGAAGUAGAAAGGUUGAAUUUGUAGAAAAAGCAAGCGGUCCUAUAAAACCAGCAAUGGGAGAUGAGUUUUUCUACAAAAUCCAGAAAACAGUUGGAAGGAAUGACCUCAUACAACAAGAAAUUGAUAAAGGAGAGAAAGGAACAGCUAUGAGCUCAAAAGUACAGGAAAAGGUACAAAAUAUUACUGCUGCUGGCUACUUUGAUAUGGAUAGCGAUUCUGGAAGUGAUAUGGAAGGAGUUCAAGAAUCAAAAGCAAAUAUUCAGUCAAUUGUUGAAAUCUCUAAAAGGCCAGACCAAGAUGUUUUUGAAAAUAUAUUCAAUUAA